GCAGCACUAUGCCAGGGUCACAGAAGCAACUGCAGGGGUGCACAAAAAGUCUGGCCAGUUUGACCAGAAUUAAGGCAACAGUGUGGCCAAUCGACUCAAAUGUGCGUCGAAAUCAGCAGCAGUGCAAUUUCAACAAAAUAAGUUGAAGCAUUUGCGUUGCGGUGUACAAAAAGAAGCAACAGCAAAAACAACAACAGCAGCGGGCGACAAUUGCAAUUUGGGUGCAUUACUAACGGGAGUUGCGUUUGUGCAUAGAGAAAAAGCACCGAUAUGUCUGAUCCCGAGCGCCAGAGCUUGAUCAACAAAGACGAGCCGACCACGGCCUCGUACACAUCGUUUCCAGCCGAGGGCGCUGAAAAUCCCGGCAGCAGUGCUGUAGCCAAUAAUGAAGACGGCAGCACUGCACAGUCGGUGCCAUUUAUUGGUCCCGAUGAGCUGCCGCCGCCCUAUCAGAGCAGCGGAACCGGCGGCGUGCCCAUGGUCACCUGUCGCGUGUGCCAGAACAUGAUUGACAUAACCACAAAACGGGAGCAACACGUGGUCAAGUGCACCCACUGCAAUGAGGCAACUCCCAUACGUAAUGCGCCACCCGGCAAGAAGUACGUGCGCUGUCCUUGCAAUUGUUUGCUAAUCUGCAAGAGCUCCUCGCAGCGCAUCGCUUGCCCACGCCCCAAUUGCAAGCGCAUUAUCAAUUUGGCUCCAAGUCCAGUGACACCGCCCGUGCCCACCAUGCCGGGCAUGUGCCGUGUCACUUGUGGCCACUGCUCGGACACGUUUUUGUUUAACACCUAUCACAACGCAUUGGCUCGCUGCCCACACUGCAGGAAGGUCUCCUCGGUGGGCUCACGUUUCGCCAACAGCCGCGGCGUUUUAUUUGCUAUUGUCGCAUUGCUCUUCCUUAUUGGUAGCAUUGGCCUGACCGUUGGCACCAUCUCAUAUGCAUCGAAUCAUGGCGGCAUGUAUAUCCUUUAUAUUGCCUUGUUUUUCAUUGCGGCUACCAUGUUGGCGCGUUCCAUUUACUAUUUCCGGCUUAAAGUGAGCGCGAUCGAUGGACCCAUGUAAGAUUCGCGGCGUGUCGGUUAAUAUGGAAGUGCAUUGUUUUAUUUUUAUAAAUAUAUAUAUGUGUCAACAUAUAUACGUAUAUAUUAUGCAUAUAAUUCAUUCCUUUUGAUAUUAAACAAAACCCCGUAAAACAAA